AUGGUAUACACAUGAUUGGUUUUCCCAAAAUUUAACAGGAAAAAUGAAUAAAAAUAAAAACCUAAAAAAAACAUCGUGAUAAUUCCCAAAAAUGGGGGACUUCUCAUAUUGUCAAGACUGCAAGAAGAGCACCGAAGUGGUGUUUGACCACGCCGCAGGAGACACCGUCUGCGUCGAGUGUGGGCUCGUUUUGGAGGCCCAUUCCAUCGACGAAACCUCUGAAUGGCGGACUUUUGCUAAUGAAGGCCACGACAAUGAUCCAGUCCGAGUUGGUGGGCCUACUAACCCAUUACUUGCCGACGGUGGGCUUUCCACCGUUAUCUCUAAGCCCAAUGGUUCGUCCGGUGACUUUCUCACCUCUUCUUUGGGCCGCUGGCAGGCCCGUGGGUCCAACCCUGAUCGUAAUCUUAUUCAAGCUUUCAAGUCUAUUGCUACCAUGGCUGACAGGUUGGGUCUUGUUUCGACCAUCAAGGAUCGAGCUAAUGAAAUAUAUAAGAAGGUUGAAGACCAGAAACCCCUUAGAGGAGGAAGGAAUCAAGAAGCAAUUUUGGCUGCUUGUCUCUAUAUUGCUUGUCGACAAGAAGACAAACCCAGAACUGUAAAAGAGAUAUGCUCGGUUGCUAGGGAUACUACAAAGAAGGAGAUUGGCCGUGCAAAAGAGUUUAUUGUCAAGCAACUAGAGGGAGAGAUGGGUCAGUCAGUGGAAAUGGGAGCUAUUCAUGCAGGAGAUUUCUUGAGGCGUUUUUGUUCGCAUUUAGGCAUGGAAAAGCAAACUGUAAAAGCUGCCCAAGAAGCUGUACUGAAAUCUGAAGAGUUUGAUGUGAGGAGGAGCCCGAUUUCAAUUGCUGCGGCUAUUAUUUAUAUCAUUACCCAACUGUCUGACGAUAAGAAACCACUCAAGGAUAUCUCUCUUGCUACUGGGGUAGCUGAGGGCACUAUAAGGAAUUCUUACAAGGACCUUUAUCCCCAUAUUUCGAAGAUAAUACCAAGAUGGUAUGCCAAGGAAGAGGACCUUAGGAAUUUAUGCAAUCCUUGAGAACCAUCUUAAGGUUAUAGAACAAACUUUAAGAACUUGUUCGCUAAUGGUAGUGUAGAAGCAAGACAUUUGUUUGAGGUGAUUCAUUGACCUUAUCAUCUCUUUUAGCUGGGUGGUUGCUGGUUAGGUUAAUAGAUAUUGUUCAUUUGUAUUAUAUCUGAUGUCCGGUUCUUCUGCUGUUUACUCUUUAGUCGGCAGGUAGUCAUAGCGUGUGAUGUUUUCAGCACACACCAUAGUGUUUUGAAUUACUCUCAGAAUUCAGAUGCUGCUCUCUUCUGAUUUUGAUUCACCCCUUUCCCAUUCUGUUAUUGUCCGCGUUGUAUAUAAGAGGAAUAUUGAAUAAGAGAGAACUGAGGGCCAAUUCUUUCUGACCCUUUGGCUGUUCACUCAAAA